AUGGAACAAAGAGGAUGCGCGGCGAGGAGCGCGCAAAUGCGGUGGGUCUGCUGCCUGGUUGCUGUGCUUUUGUGGCGUGAAACCUCUGCUCAGUUGAGAUAUUCAGUCCCCGAGGAAAUCAAAGAAGGAACUAUUGUCGGAAAUGUUGCAAAGGAUUUGGGAUUAGACAAGAGCACUUUGAAAGAACGCAAAUAUCGGAUUGUUUCGAGCGCAACGGAGCCUCUUUUCCGCCUCGGAGAGAAUGACGGCAUCUUGUACGUAAGCAGGAAAAUUGACCGGGAGGAGGUAUGCGAGCGAAGCACUGCAUGUGUAAUUAAUUUAAAAACGGUGCUAGAACACCCCCUGGAGGUGCAUUAUGUUGCCGUGGAAGUCGUGGAUAUAAAUGACCAUUCCCCCAGUUUCCCCGUGGAAAUAAAGACGUUGGACAUUCCUGAAUCCGUGCAACCUGGAAUGCGAAUUCCACUCAAAGCGGCACGAGAUGCAGACAGCGGUCCUUUCUCUGUCCAGCAGUAUAAACUUAGCGCAAAUGAUCAUUUCCGUUUAGAAGUUAAAGAUAAAGGAGACAAUGAAAAAAUUCCAAUAUUGAUUGUGCAAAAACAUUUGGACAGGGAGGAAGCCGGAAGUCAUUCAUUAAUGUUAACUGCACUAGAUGGUGGAAAACCGCCCAAAACAGGCGACAUUAAUAUUUUAAUAAAUAUAUUAGACAAUAAUGAUAACUCGCCUGUUUUUUCGUCAGAUGGAUAUUCUGUGACACUUUAUGAAAAUGCUCCUGUAGGCACAACAGUUGUUCAAGUAAAUGCAACUGAUUUAGACGAAGGUCCAAAUGGUGAUGUUGUUUAUGCAUUUAGCAACAGUGUGAGUCACAGAUUAUUAAAUCUUUUUGAAAUUAAUCAUUUAACAGGUGCAAUAACGGUGAAAGGAAUUAUUGACUUUGAAGAAAAAGAUAAAUAUGAGAUUGAAAUCCAAGCAUCAGAUAAAGGUUCCCUCCCAUUAACAACAGAAAAAAGUGUCCUCAUCAAGAUAAUUGAUGUCAAUGACAAUGCACCUGAGAUCGAAGUCACGUCAUUUUCCAGUUCCAUUCCUGAAGAUUCCAGACCUGGGACUACAGUUGCUCUAAUCAGUGUGAAUGAUUUGGACUCUGCUCUAAACGGAAAAGUUCUUUGCUCCAUAAAUGAGGAUGUUCCUUUUACUUUGUCAACAUCAUUACAAGACAAAAUGUUUUCUUUAGUGACCAAAUCACCUCUAGACAGGGAGAAACGGUCCCACUAUGAUAUAACAGUAGUUGCAAGAGAUGCUGGUCAACCUGCACUCUCGUCUCAAAAGACAAUCAGUGUUUUCAUUUCAGACGUGAACGAUAACAGUCCCGAGUUUUCAUCCAGUCCUUACACCUUCUAUGUCACCGAGGGCAACGAUGCAGGCGCCGCCGUCUUUUCUGUCAAAGCCUUUGAUCAAGAUGACAAUGAGAAUGCUGUCAUCUCAUACCACAUUCUCAGAAAUGAUCACACGUUGUCUUCAUUUUUAAGUAUAAAUAGUGAAAAUGGACAAAUAUCAGCCCUAAAAAGUUUUGACUUUGAGACGCUGAAAAGCUUCCAGUUCCAAGUGGUGGCCAGGGAUGGUGGGAGUCCUCCACUGAGCAGCAACGUCACAGUGAAGGUGUUCAUUCUGGAUCAGAACGACAACGCUCCAGUCAUCCUGUAUCCAAUCAGCUCCAACGGUUCUGCCCAAGGUGUAGAGGAGAUUCCCCGCAACAUCAAAGCGGGAGACUUGGUGACCAAAGUCCGAGCCUACGAUGCCGACAUUGGCUAUAACGGCUGGUUGCUCUUUUCGCUGCAGCGAGUUAGCGACCACAGUCUGUUUUCUUUGGACCGCUAUACUGGGCAGAUCAGAACACUUCGCUCCUUGACGGAGACGGACGAGGCCGAGCACCGCCUGCUCGUCCUGGUCAAAGACAACGGCAACGUGUCGCUCUCGGCGACGGCUACUGUGACUGUCAAGCUCGUGGAGCCCAAAGAGGCUUUUGCGGCUUCUGACGUGAAAAGUGCAGCCACGGUGGACGAGGAGGACAAUGUGACUUUUUACCUGAUGAUCACUUUGGGCUCGGUCUCGCUCCUUUUUGUCAUCAGCAUCAUUGUGCUGAUUGCCAUGCAGUGCUCCAAAUCUACCGAGUACACUUCCAAAUAUCUGCAAGAAACCAAUUAUGAUGGCACGUUGUGUCACAGCAUCCAGUACAGAUCGGGAGACAAACGCUACAUGUUAGUUGGACCCCGAAUGAGUAUCGGCUCCACCAUAGUCCCGGGCAGCCACGCCAACACGCUGGUGCUCCCUGACAGGAGACACACUUCCGGGGAGGUAAGGCCCAUUAACAUAUAUUGUGACUAA